UUUCACUCCCCUGGUGACUUUCAUGAGGGAAACAUCGAAAUCACUACUCUCUCUCCUCAACACUGAAAACACAGUUGUGUGAGCAUGCAGAACACAUCUGCUCCACCGUACCCCACUGCUCCACCGUACCCCACACCCGUGGGCCUCCAGUACCCCAAUGCUGUACAUCAGGGAGCCUUCGUCAACCAGCAAGAAGUGUACAUCCACCCUGUCAGUGCUCAGGGUGCCCCGAAUGCAAACGUCCAGUAUUCGAUGAACCCCAACUACUGUCCUGAACACACAAAACAGGGACCCCCAGGACAACCUCUGAACCUUCAACAGCCCUGCUGUGUACAGCAGGGGGGCUUCCCUCAGCUAAGUCUCCAAAAACAGCAGGCUGCUGUUGAGCACACAGUCGACUUUCCUUCGAUUCAUUUACAGUCAUCUGGCAGCUCUGAGAAGGGAAGCAUCGUCACCACACAAACAGUUCAAUACUCAAACGUCAGUCUGGAGAACACAUCUUCUCCAUCAUAUGCUCCCCAACAGUGUGGGUACCCACCUCCUCCACCAUACUCACCUCCGACCUUCCAAUCACCCAACUACACACAACAAAUAGCAGCAGGGUUAGUUCAACAAAAUGUUGCAGUUCAGCCGACACCUCAGCCUGCAGUAAUUCAACAGCCGGCUCAACCUGCUGUAAUCCAGGCUCCGAACGCAGCAAUGAUGCUUGGAGCUGGGGUUUCAUCUCCUGUAAUCCAAUCUGCUGCUCAACCAUCACUUAUGCUUCAGCAACAGGUCGUAAUGCAGCCUGGAGGUCAACCCACUGUUGCCCAGCCCCUAGGUACGAUCCAGCCUAUGGUUCAGCCAAGGAUAAUCUACCAAGCUCCAGCAGCAAACACAGUGGUAUAUCAACAGUUAUUCUGAUUCCAUGCUCCACCUGGGUGGCACCAUGCAGAAGAACCUGUGAGAACCUAAAGAACAUGAAAAAAACACCAGCCUGGUUUAAGGACAACUAUGUUGGGAAAUAAACAUAUAUGGAGUUCUAUGAAAUAUAUUGAGUGUCGUAGAUCUUUAAAUAUAAUCUUCUGAACGUGUAUUUCCUAUCUUUUUGAAUAGAUGCCAGGUAGAAAAUGUGUAAAUGUGCUACACAGAACGUUUCACAUUCCUCCACUGUUAAUAUGCUGAUAUGUUUAAAUAAUGCUGACUCAAGAAUGUGUGUAACUCUAUGUAACUGUUCAAGAAACUGAAUAUCCAGUUUCUUUCUACUUAUAGAUGUGAUGCCAAUAGCUAAGCCUGUACAAAUAAAGGAGAGAAGGAUACCAA